GGCGUCCCUUCCCGCGCCGCCGCCGCCGGAGCCGCAGCCAGAGCAGCAUGGUACAGCUAGGGAAGCUGCUCCGCGCCCUGACUUUGAUGAAGUUCCCCUGCUGCGUGCUGGAAGUGCUCCUGUGCGCGCUGGCGGCAGCGGCGCGCGGCCAGGAGAUGUACGCCCCGCACUCGAUCCGGAUCGAGGGGGAUGUCACCCUCGGGGGGCUGUUCCCGGUGCACGCCAAGGGUCCCAGCGGAGUGCCCUGCGGCGACAUCAAGAGGGAGAACGGGAUCCACAGGCUGGAAGCGAUGCUGUAUGCCCUGGACCAGAUCAACAGCGAUCCCAACCUGCUGCCUAACGUGACGCUGGGCGCGCGGAUCCUGGACACUUGUUCCAGGGACACUUACGCGCUCGAACAGUCGCUCACUUUCGUCCAGGCGCUCAUCCAGAAGGAUACCUCCGAUGUACGCUGCACCAACGGCGAACCCCCCGUUUUCGUCAAGCCAGAGAAAGUAGUUGGAGUGAUUGGGGCUUCGGGGAGUUCGGUCUCCAUCAUGGUAGCCAACAUCCUGAGGCUUUUCCAGAUCCCCCAGAUUAGUUACGCUUCAACGGCACCUGAGCUCAGUGAUGAUCGGCGCUAUGACUUCUUCUCUCGUGUGGUCCCUCCUGAUUCCUUCCAAGCCCAGGCCAUGGUAGACAUUGUAAAGGCCCUAGGCUGGAAUUAUGUGUCUACUCUUGCAUCCGAAGGAAGUUAUGGAGAGAAAGGUGUGGAAUCCUUCACACAGAUUUCCAAAGAGGCAGGUGGGCUCUGCAUUGCUCAGUCGGUGAGAAUCCCCCAAGAGCGCAAAGACAGGACCAUUGACUUUGACAGAAUUAUCAGACAGCUCCUGGACACCCCCAACUCCAGGGCUGUCGUGAUUUUUGCCAACGAUGAAGAUAUAAAACAGAUCCUUGCAGCAGCCAAAAGAGCUGACCAAGUGGGCCAUUUCCUUUGGGUGGGAUCGGACAGCUGGGGCUCCAAAGUAAACCCCCUGCACCAGCAUGAAGAUAUUGCAGAGGGAGCCAUCACCAUCCAGCCCAAGAGAGCAACUGUGGAAGGGUUUGAUGCCUACUUUACAUCCCGCACACUUGAAAACAACAGGAGAAAUGUAUGGUUUGCUGAAUACUGGGAGGAAAACUUCAACUGCAAGCUGACGAUUAGUGGGUCAAAAAAGGAAGACACAGAUCGCAAAUGCACAGGACAGGAGAGAAUUGGAAAAGAUUCCAACUAUGAGCAGGAGGGGAAGGUUCAGUUUGUGAUCGAUGCAGUCUACGCCAUGGCUCAUGCCCUUCAUCAUAUGAACAAGGAUCUCUGUGCUGACUACCGGGGUGUUUGCCCCGAGAUGGAGCAAGCUGGAGGCAAGAAGUUAUUGAAAUACAUCCGAAAUGUUAACUUCAAUGGUAGUGCUGGUACCCCUGUGAUGUUCAACAAGAACGGGGACGCACCUGGGCGCUAUGACAUCUUCCAGUACCAGACGACAAACACCACCAACCCCGGUUAUCGUCUGAUUGGGCAGUGGACAGAUGAGCUUCAACUCAACAUAGAGGACAUGCAGUGGGGAAAAGGAGUCCGAGAGAUCCCACCCUCUGUGUGUACGCUGCCAUGCAAGCCUGGGCAAAGGAAGAAGACACAGAAGGGAACGCCUUGCUGCUGGACCUGUGAGCCUUGUGAUGGGUACCAGUACCAAUUUGAUGAGAUGACAUGCCAGCAUUGCCCCUACGACCAGCGGCCCAAUGAAAAUCGAACUGGCUGCCAGAAUAUCCCCAUCAUCAAACUGGAGUGGCACUCCCCCUGGGCCGUCAUCCCUGUCUUCCUGGCAAUGUUGGGGAUCAUCGCCACUAUCUUUGUCAUGGCCACUUUCAUCCGCUACAAUGACACGCCCAUUGUCCGGGCCUCUGGGCGGGAACUCAGCUACGUUCUACUGACAGGCAUCUUUCUCUGCUACAUUAUCACUUUCCUGAUGAUAGCCAAGCCUGAUGUGGCCGUGUGUUCCUUCCGGCGUGUAUUCUUAGGCUUGGGUAUGUGCAUCAGCUAUGCAGCCCUUUUGACAAAGACCAAUCGGAUUUAUCGCAUAUUUGAGCAGGGCAAGAAAUCAGUGACAGCUCCCAGACUCAUAAGCCCAACGUCACAGCUGGCAAUCACUUCCAGUUUAAUAUCAGUUCAGCUGCUAGGGGUUUUCAUUUGGUUUGGGGUUGACCCACCCAACAUCAUCGUAGACUAUGACGAGCAUAAGACCAUGAACCCUGAGCAAGCCAGGGGAGUUCUCAAAUGUGACAUUACAGAUCUCCAAAUCAUUUGCUCCUUGGGAUAUAGCAUUCUCCUCAUGGUCACAUGUACUGUGUAUGCCAUCAAGACUCGGGGUGUACCAGAGAAUUUUAACGAAGCCAAGCCCAUUGGAUUCACUAUGUAUACGACGUGUAUAGUGUGGCUUGCUUUCAUUCCAAUUUUUUUUGGCACUGCGCAGUCAGCGGAAAAGGCCCUGCUGCAAAAAAGAAGUAUGUCAGUUAUAAUAACCUGGUUAUCUAACCUGUUCCAUUCCAUGGAACCAUGGAGGAGGAGGACCCUCAGUUAUUCCGUCACCCAACCUGGCAUAGGCCUCUUUUGGUCCUGCCUGCUUCCACUCACCGGAGGAGCUUCCCUAGCUGGGAGACCAAUGUUAGAGGAUCCAAGAGUCCUAAACAGCUGCUUUAUGAAAUAUCCUUACUUUAUCUUGGCUUAAUAAGUCACUGGCAUCAGCACUGCCAAUGAGGCUGCAAUUUCGGACCUUCCCUUUCAAAGGGAGAGUUGAGACUCAAGUCCCACCCAGGCUCUUUAGGAUGAACCAUGGAGAGCCACAGGACUAUUGUGGGGCUGACCUGUCUUUCUACGUAUGUCCUUCAAGGAUGCAAGGUUUUGAAAUUUUCUGUACAGUUUGUGAGGACUUUUGCACUUUGCCAUCUGACGUCGUACCUCGGUCCACUGUUUGUUUUUGAAUGCCCUGUUUUCAUAGAACCCUAUUCUCUCAGAUGGUGGAAUAUUUGGGAAAAUUUUAAAAUAAUUAAAAUUUUUAAAGUUCUCGGCAGACAAAAAAAGACAUGCAUACAUCUGUACAUGACUGUAUAAUUAUGGUUACAGUGCCACUGCAAAUCAUGCUAUUUUUUUUAAGACAAAAAAGAUAUUUAAAGACCAAAAACUGUGCUGAGAAAGUAUGCCCCACUUAUAUUUGGUUUGUGAUAGUUACAUAAAAGAAAAGCAUUGGUUACAUGGAAUAGAGGUCUUGAUCUUUGGAAUGCAUGCUAGUAAUGUAUUUUACAGUACAUGUUAAUAAUUUAUGUUCAAUAUUUGUAUUUGUGUUCCUUUUUGUUAUUUUAAUUAGGGUAUAUGGAUAUUUUGCAAUAAUUUUAAUAAUUAUUAAGCUAUUUGAAGGAAAGAAUAUGGAUUUUUCAUGUCUUGAGGUUUUGUUCAUGCCCCCUCUGACUGACCAGUGUGAUAAGGACUUUAAAAAACAGCAUGUAUGUUUUUUACUGUUUGUAAUAAGUACUUUCGUUAAUCUUGCUGCUUAUGUGCCAAUUUAGUGGAAAAAGAAAAUCCUUGCUGAAAAGUUCCCUCUUUCCAUUCUCUUUCAAUUCUGUGGUAUUGUCCAAGAAUGUAUCAAUAAAA